CGAGGCGACAUCGGCCCCGGAGGGAGAAAUGGAGUGUGGACAAGAGCUGAGGGAGGACAGCGACCCUUUCUUGUCCCUGGGCUCAGGUGAUUGGCAAGAAAACCCAGAUGAGCCCUGUUCGGACGUCUCCUGGCAAAUCAAGCGAAGGAAAAGGAAAAAAAAGAAGAAAAGGAAUCAGAAUGCUUCCACAUCUGCAGAGCUGGAUUCCUUGUCCCCAUCCCUCUUGGGCUCCUGUAGUCUGAGUUCACUUGCAAACCCUGAGCUCCAGGACACAGCCCCACCCCAAAGCCCAGCUCAGCAGGGUGGUCCCACCCACCAGACAAGCCAGCCCCCAAGUGUGGGCAAGACGCCGCUGGAGGCCGUGGGCCACCCUCUGCAGGGCCAGGUUGCGAGAGUAGCCAAAGCGGCUACGGGCGCCGAGUCUCUGAGCAGCCCGGGACCCCAGGACCAGACUCUGGGGGGGGCCUUCCCAGAAGGGAAGGACCACCACUCCCCGAACCCCACCAAGGGCAAAGGCCUCCCCACUUCUGCCAGUGACGGCCAUCCUAGGGAGAAAGACGCUACUCAGGAGCUCCCACUGCAUGAGCCAAAGGGGGACCACUCCAAGCCCGGGAAAGAGCCGCGGGCCACUGGGCAGCAGGCCAGGGCCCCUGCCUCCUGGGCAAGUGUUGCUGCAGCUGAGCCAGCUGGUGCAGGGAAAAGAGUUGGGAAAGAAGUUAAAAAUCAGACUGAGAAAACGAAACAGCCUCCCACAAGCGUCCCUGCUUCCCGAGACAACCACCAGGAAGCUGCAACCAAGGACCAGAUGCGUGUUUCUGGAGGAAAAGCCGGUGAAAAUGAGAAGGCCAAGCCGAAGGACCCGAAGAAGCCAGAGGGGAAUAACAGAAAUAAUGCAGCCACUGUGAAAAAUGAGAGGGAGCAAAGGAACCAGAGGGAGAGCGCACAUGGAGCUAAGGAGUGCCCACUGAGCUCCUUGGAAGGAAUCACGGUGUACUUCCAUGCUAUCAUUUCAAAACAUUUCCGGUUCAACCCCAGCCAACACAAAGUAUUUGUCAGGGGCGGAGAAGAACUUGGGAAGCCCAGAUGGAAUCAUGAUGUUUGCGAGAUGUACUACACCAAAGACCUACAUGAGAACGGGUCCCUCGUUGAAGGCAGCACCAUCAUUUCUAAGCAGCACCUGGAUAAGCCCAUUCCAUACAAAUACGUCCUCUGGCGAGGCAAGGGCCCUGUGGAGUAUGAGUUCAUCUACAAAUGUCAGCAGAAGGAAGGCGAGCACGUGAACCGCUGUCUCCGUGUGAAAUCUUCCUUUCUGGGCUCGGGAGACUGGCACCAGUACGAUGAUAUAAUUUGUAGGAAGCCCCCUGGGAAGCUUCAGAAAUUGGUGGAUUAUGUAACAGAUGGUACAAGGAAAGACUUGGUGAAAGGGAAGCAGAUCGCGGCUGUGGUCAUGCUGGACCGCAUCUUCAGCAUCCUCGAGACCUGGAAUGCCAUCAAUUUAAAGAACUUUUUCACCCAGUUCCAGCAGUUUUAUUCUGUCAUUCGGGUGCCCAUGAUCUAUGAAGGAGAAGAGCAGCUGUGGAGCACUCUGCAGUAUGAAGAGAAGGAGGUGAGAAAGCACCUGUGGGAAUGUUUGACAAAGAAAAUGGCACCAUUUCUGGAAAUGAGUGGGGACCCUCUGCCUGAAGACUGCCCAGUGAGGAGUAAAUUGAGAAUGGGCCUGAUUAUCCUUUUCUCAGUGGAAAAAUUUAACUUUCUCUUAUCGGAAAGUGACCUGGGCUCACUCUGUUACCUCCUUUGCUCGAAUGCCAGUUCACCAGAUGCCCUUCGCAAGGAUCUGAUCCACAUCCUUGAAACAUCUCAGAGCUGGCGAGCAUCCAUGGUAAACCUGUGCCAAAUGUGCAUGGACAAAAAGGUUGACCAUUGGGUGUGUGCCCUGCCUGUGCUGCACCACUGCAUGGACCUGUCCCCGCCAGCCCAGGACUCAGGCAUGCAGCCCGAGGACACCUGGGCAGCCCUUGAAGGCAUCUCCUUCUCAGAGUUUCGGGAAAAAAGAGCAGAUGAGAAACAAUUACUCCAGCUAAUGGGAAAGAACAGACAUUUGCUAAAUGUGGAUGAGUAUCUGUUCCGAUCCUGGUUCAGUUUGCUCCCUCUGAGUAACUUGGUUCAUUACCUGGAAGACCUCACCGACUACCUGAGUUACUCACCCUCUCGUAUCCUGGACUGUCUUCUAGGGACUUGCUACCGGCUUGAAGGGCUUGAGGAAAUCUCCGACAGAGAUUUCCAGAGUAUUGAGAGUACUUUUAAAAUGCUGUUGCACCUCCUGGAUAUGUAUCAGGAAAAGAUUCUUGAGGAGCCCUUGAUACAGUCCUACUUGACUGUGUGCCUGAAACUUCAUGAAUCUACCUGCAGAAUAACAAAAGAACACACGUUUUAUGAGAUGCCUGCCUUAUCUGCUGAGAUUGUUUGCAGAAUUAUUGUACUUAAACUUCUAGUGGAUUCAGCAGGAGGGCACGGAAAUGAAACUGGAAAGAAUUCAGUAAAAACAGUCUUCCAGGGGACUCUCGCUGCUACAAGAUCUUGGCUUCAGAGAAUUUUUCAAGAGGGCCUGUUCCUGACUGAGAAUACGUUUUCUGUCAUCUUCACUUACUGCGAGGAGAUUAAGGUCUGGAGGCGACUGGUGGAAAUAAACUUCCCUGCAGAGCAUGGCUGGAAGGAAUCCUUGCUGGGCGACCUGGAAGGGAGGCUCAAACAGGAGAAGCCUCUCUUCCAGAUCUCUGCCUUCUGUAGCACUAACUGGGAUUCUGCAGGCGCAGAAGACAGUGUGUCGAAACGCUUUGAGAUGUGUGCCAUUGAAGCCGUGGGCUCCGUCUGCCAGUCUCAGACCAGUAUCCUUGAGAAAAUCUCUUUUAAUGACUUGAGGAAAUGUGGCACCCUUGUGUCUGCUGUGAUCACUAAGUCCUGGCCGAGAAGUAGAGGGGAAUUUGUAGAUGACUUCGGUGAGGUUUUGAAUCAUCUGCUCACGUGGCCAGAAAUCAGUCAUCUCUUCAAGAUGUAUGGAAUCAAUGAGAAAAUAUUAGAAAAUAUUACCGAUGAAGGCAAGAAGUUGAUGGCCACUGCUGACUCUGUGUUCAGAAAAGUUACUAAUGACCUCGUCAAUGGAGCGAUUUUAGUUGGACAGCUGGAGCUGAUCAUAAAACACGCGAAUCAGUUCCUUGACAUCUGGCAGUUAAAGAGUACAAGUCUAGCCCAGGAGAAAAAACACACUAUGAAGGAAGUGCUGAGUCUCAGAAAGAAUGAACUAGUCACUCUAAAGAAUGAGAAAACAUAUGUUGACUCUCUCCUGAAGUUGUAUGGGAGGGUGAAAGACCUGAUUAAAGUGGAUUUUGGAGAGAUUGCUGAAAGACAUUCGGAAGACCUCAGCAGGAAAAGAUUAAACCAAGUCGUGAUGGUGAGCUUGUCAGCCACCUCCCUUGACUCGACAUGGACAACACAUUACAACCUGAGCCCUGAAGUCCAAGAAAUGGCCAGAAAUGCAGACUUGCUAAAGGACAGCUACAUCUUCCAGAUCUUCUGGACAGAAGCUGCCCAGGAGCUGAGUGAGCCAGAGGAGGAGUUGGAAAGGAAAAUAUUUCACCCUGAAGAGAUGUAUCAAUGUUUAUAUGGUCCUUGUUUCAAAAGGUUUACGAAACUGUAUCAGGACCUGAAGUCAGGGGAAGUCACCUUUGGGGAAAUCGAUGACAUCUUCAAAGACUUUGUGAAUAAAUACAGCGACCUAACUAAAAACCUCCAGACCAUGUGUGCUCUGUACCCCAGUGACCAAAAAGAUUGGAUCAAGGAGCGAGUCCGGCAGAUCGAGGAAUACCAUCACCUGCAUCAGGCUGUCGACUCAGCCAAGGUCAUCUGGAAGGUCAAAGAGAAUUUGGCCCUGACCGGCGACUUUGGUGUUCUCCACACCUUACUAAGCUUUACUGUCUUGGACAACUUUCGCCACGAAAAACUGGACCGGAUCAACCAGCAACUUAUCCGUGCCAAAAAGCUGCUGCAGGACGUCAAUGAGACCCGGUGUCAGUGUCUGAAGGAGCUGUCCCAGAGGAAGGAGUUCAUCAGCUGGGUCCAGGAGGCUCUCGGAGACAUCACUGAGCUGAAGGUGUUCGUGGACUUGGCCUCCAUCUCUGCGGGGGAGAAUGACAUCGACGUGGAUCGGGUGGCUUGCUUCCACGAUGCUGUGCAGGGCUUUGCACCCCUGCUGUAUGAGCUGGACACGAGUGCGGGUUUCGAUGAAUUCAUGCAAAACCUGAAAGAGCUGUGGAAGGCUCUGGAUAAUGACCACCACCUGCCCCAAAAACUGUGUGACUCUGCCCGGAACCUGGAGUGGCUGAAGACAGUGAAGGAGAGUCACGGGUCUGUGGAGCUCUCAUCCCUGUCCCUGGCGACAGCCAUCAACAGCAGAGGCAUCUAUGUGAUCAAGGCUCCCACGGAUGGCCAAAAGAUUUCCCCAGACACAGUUCUACACUUAAUCCUUCCUGAGGGCCACGGAGGCCACGAGGAGGUGCGAGACUACUCUUUAGAAGAGCUGAAGGAGCUUUUGAACAAAUUGAUGCUGAUGUCUGGCAAGAAAGAUCACAACAAUGUUGAAGUCGUAGAGGUAUUUUCUGAGGUGUUUUGCAACGUGCAGAGGCUUGUCCAGUCCUUUAUAAACCUGUACUCUGCCGGAAACAUGCUGUUCAGGGCCUGGACGGCCAAGGUGCACUGCUCCCCCCAGAAGGGUGCCUCCAUCCAGAUGGACUUCGGUCCGGGGCUCGUGAGCCCGCUCGAGGAGAGCGGGCCAGUCGCUGAACUGCUUGAGACUCUCUCCCGGCAGAUGGAGGACUUCCUGGACCACUGGCAGAGAUUCGUGGCCGAGAAGCGAGCUGAGCACUUUUACCUCAACUACUAUACUGCCGAGCAGCUGGUUUACCUGGCCUCGGAGCUCAGGAUGCAGGUGCCCAGCAGUGCUGCCCUCACCAUGCUCUCCUUCAUCAAAGGCAACUGCACCCCAAGGGACGUCUCGGAGGCCUGCCGGGGGCCCGAUGGCAGGGCCACCACACACCAGGAGAGUACAGCGGUUGAAGAAUUGCCCCUGCUGCUCGUCUCUGAGGCCAGACUGGUGGACAAGCUGAGGGUCAUCAUGAAGCAAUCGAUGACGUGCAUGAGUGUCUUCCAGCCUCACUGCCUGGACCUGGAGGCCCUUGGCCGCUGUCUGGCUCUCCUGGCGAGGAUGGCUGGGCCCCCCGUGCAGCGGGAGCUCCCCAGAGGCCUGCAGGAGGGCCAGCCGAAUCUCAUCGUCUGUGGCCACUCUGAGGUGCUGCCAGCUGCCCUGGCCAUCUACAUGCAGACCCCGAACCAGCCCCUGCCCACCUACGACGAGGUGCUGCUCUGCACCCCAGAGACCACGUUCGAGGAGGUGGCGCUGCUCCUGCGUCGCUGCCUGACCCCGGGCUCCCGGGGACUCAGGGUCUACAGCCUACUGUACGCAGACCAGCUGAGCUACGAGGUGGCCUGCCGGGCGGAGGAGCUCUUCCUGAGCUUGUGCAUGCAGCGCCACCAGGAGCCCUACCGGCUCGUGAUGGUCUGUGACCAUGAGCGGGAGCACUGCUACCUCCCCUCGGCCUUCAGCCAGCACAAGGUUCUUGUCACCCCCCAGGCGCCCCUCAAGGACAUCCAGGCCUACCUGGCUCACCACUUCCGGGUCCCGGAACAGACCCCGUCAGCCGCUGCCGCGUUCCGGGACCACAUGUGUGUUGGGAUCGUGGCCUCGGAGAGAGCGGGUGUCGGAAGGUCUCUCUUCGUGAAGAGGUUGCACGGCCAACUGAAAAUGAAGUUUAAUGGAGAAAAAGUGCCUCUAAAAAUUAUUCGAUUGAUCAACCCUCACGUGGAUGAGAAUGAAGUCCUGGGCUCUCUCCUGCCUUUCCUGGACACCCGGUAUCAGAGGAGACCCAUUGUAUUCCACUUUGACGUGACCUCUUCAGUGAAGACUGGAAUUUGGGUGUUUCUUUUCAAACUCCUCAUUCUCCAGUACUUAAUGGAUGUAAAUGGGAAGAUGUGGCUUCGGAACCCAUGCCACUUAUAUAUUGUUGAAAUCCUGGAAGGGAGUUCCCUGCCACGGAGGCCUUUGAAGCUGAGUACACUUGUCCCCCAGUUCAAUUUUCUAGAUAUCUUCCCCAAAGUCACGUGCAGGCCUCCCAAAGAAGUGAUCAGCAUGGAGCUGGAUCCUCAGUGGAGCUAUGAAGAGCCAGGAAUGGAUCAGAGAGCGUUCUGCAGUGAAACAUUCCAGAGACCUUACCAAUAUCUAAGGCGGUUCCAUCAGAAAGAAAACCUAGACACAUUUCAGUACCGAAAAGGCUCUGUUGAGGGCAGCCCCGGUGAAUGCAUCCAACAUCUCCUGAUUUACUGUGGGGUGAUAAACCCAUCCUGGUCAGAGCUUUGGAACUUUGCUCGGUUCUUGAACUACCAGCUCCGAGAUUGUGAGGCUUCUCUCUUCUGCGAUCCCAGCUUUGUUGGAGACACUCUGGUGGGCUUCAAGAACUUUGUGGUCACCUUCAUGAUCUGCAUGGCACGAGAUUUCGCCACACCUACACUUCACACAUCCGACCAAAGCCCAGAGAAUUACACGGUCACCAUGGACGGGGUCAAGGAAGAAGAUCUUGCCCCUUUCUCUCUCCGGAAGAGGUGGGAGUCAGAGCCCCACCCGUACGUGUUCUUCAACAGUGACCACACAUCCAUGACGUUCAUAGGCUUCCAUUUCCAGCCCAAUCAGAACGGCGGUGUUGACGCCAUUGACCGCUUGAGUGGGGAAGUGAUCAAGAAGGAUGUUAUGACAGUGCAGCUGUACGAGGGCCUGUUGCUUCAGAGGGUGCCCUUCGAUGUGGACUUUGACCAGCUGCCCAGACAUGAGAAACUUGAAAAGCUGUGCCUGGCAUUGGGGAUCCAGUGGCCCGUCGACCCUGAUGAAACAUACGAGCUUACAACGGACAAUAUGCUUAAGAUCCUUGCCAUUGAGAUGCGUUUCCGGUGUGGCAUCCCCGUCAUCAUCAUGGGAGAAACCGGCUGUGGGAAAACAAGACUCAUUAAAUUCCUCAGUGACCUGCGGCGUGGGGGUGCUGACACUGACACCAUGAAGUUGGUCAAGGUUCACGGAGGAACAACUGCCAACAUGAUCUACUCCAAGGUCAAGGAGGCCGAAGUGCUCGCCUGCUUCAAUAAGGGCCAAUUUCAGUUAGACACCAUCUUGUUCUUUGAUGAAGCCAACACCACGGAGGCCAUAAGCUGCAUCAAAGAGGUCCUGUGUGACCGCACAGUGGGUGGCAAGCCCCUGGUUAAGGAUUCUGGCUUGCAUAUCAUAGCAGCCUGCAACCCUUACCGGAAGCACACCCAGGAGAUGAUCUGCCGUCUGGAGUCAGCUGGAUUGGGAUACAGGGUUAGUGCAGAAGAGACAGCGGAGAGGCUUGGCUCCAUCCCCCUGAGGCAGCUGGUGUACCGCGUUCACGCUCUGCCGCCGAGCCUGAUCCCCCUGGUGUGGGACUUCGGACAGUUGAAUGACUCUGCAGAAAAGCUCUACAUCCAGCAGAUUGUCCAGAGACUGGUGAACUCCAUCGUGAUGGUGCAGAGCGAGACUCGUGUGAUCACCGAAGUGCUUUGUGCCUCUCAGGGUUUCAUGAGGCAAAGACAAAAUGAGUGCAGUUUUGUCAGCCUCAGGGAUGUGGAACGCUGUGUGAGAGUUUUCAAAUGGUUUUACGACCACAGUGAGAUGCUCUUGUCUAAGCUGGAUUCCUUUCUCUGCGAGUCUGGUGUCAUCCAAAAUGACUUUGAGAGAGAUCCCAUCCUCUGGUCCUUGGUGCUGGCCAUCGGGGUAUGUUACCACGCCUCUUUAGAGAAGAAGGAAUCUUAUCGGGAAGCCAUUUGCAGGUUCUUUCCAGAACCGUAUAAUGAUAGCAGGAUUAUCCUGCAUGAGAUAACACGAACCCAGGAUCUUUUUCUGAAUGACGUAUCUCUGAGGAAAACCAUCGCUAAGAACUUGGCUUUGAAGGAGAAUGUCUUCAUGAUGGUUAUCUGCAUCGAGCUCAAGAUUCCUCUCUUCCUGGUGGGCAAGCCCGGCAGCUCCAAAUCUCUCGCCAAGACCAUCGUGGCAGAUGCCAUGCAAGGCCAGGCUGCGCACUCGGACCUAUUCCGGUGCCUGAAGCAGGUCCAUCUGGUGUCGUUCCAGUGUAGCCCUCAUUCCACCCCACAGGGCAUUAUAGGCACCUUCAAGCAGUGUGCCCGCUUCCAGCAGGGGAAGGACCUGGAGCAGUACGUCUCCGUGGUGGUGUUAGAUGAGGUUGGACUGGCAGAAGACUCCCCCAAAAUGCCCCUGAAGGCUCUGCACCCACUGCUGGAAGAUGGAUGCAUUGAAGACGAUCCUGCCCCCCACAAAAAAGUUGGCUUCAUAGGCAUUUCCAACUGGGCCCUGGACCCUGCCAAGAUGAACCGGGGUAUUUUUGUGUCACGUGGCAGCCCCAACAAGAGAGAGCUCAUUGAGAGCGCCAGGGGAAUUUGCUCUUCGGAGCCCCUCGUCCAAGAAAGAAUCCGAGGAUACUUUGCAUCCUUUGCCAAAGCCUAUGAAACAGUAUGUAAGAGGCAGGACAAGGAGUUCUUUGGGCUUCGUGACUACUACAGCCUCAUCAAAAUGGUGUUUGCCGCGGCAAAAGCCUCUAAUAAAGAGCCUUCCCCUCAAGACAUUGCACAAGCUGUCCUUCGGAACUUCAGUGGCAAAGACGACAUCCAUGCCCUGGAUAUUUUUUCAUCCAGUUUACCCGAGGCAAAGUGCACAGAAGAAGUCAGCACCAUGCAUUUGAUCCGGCAGAACAUAUACGGUGAUCUUCGGAAGGCAUCUGGCAGAGAGCUGGACGACUCCGAAUCCCGCUACCUGCUUGUGCUGACCAGAAACUAUGUGGCCCUGCAGAUCCUGCAGCAGGCGUUCUUCAGUGCAGACCAGCCAGAGAUUAUUUUUGGAUCCAGUUUUCCCAAGGACCAAGAGUACACCCAGAUCUGCAGAAAUAUCAACCGAGUGAAGAUAUGCAUGGAAACCGGCAAGAUGGUGGUGCUGCUCAAUCUGCAGAACCUCUAUGAGAGCCUCUAUGAUGCGCUCAAUCAGUACUACGUCUAUCUCGGUGGCCAGAAGUACGUGGACCUCGGUCUGGGGACCCAUCGUGUCAAAUGUCGGGUUCACCCAGACUUCCGCUUGAUAGUCAUUGAGGAGAAAGAUGUCGUCUACAAACAUUUUCCCAUCCCCCUUAUUAACCGGCUGGAGAAGCACUAUCUGGACAUCAACACUGUUUUGGAGAAAUGGCAGAAGACUAUCGUGGAAGAGCUUAAGGUCUGGGUGGAGAAGUUCAUAGAUGUGAAAGCAGAGCAGUUUCUAGCCAGACCCAAAUACAGCCCUUCUGAUGUCUUCAUGGGCUACCACUCAGACACGUGUGCCUCUGUGGUGCUCCAGGUCAUAGAGCGGCUAGGGCACAAGGUCUUGACUGAUGAGCUUUACCAGAAGGUGUCUGAGCAGGCCAAAUUGGUGCUGCUGGAUUGUGCCACACCUGAUGCUGUGGUUCGGCUGAACGCUUCCGCACUAGGCCUGUUCGCCGCACAGUCCCUGUCGCAAGUAUACCAUUACAGGCAGCAGCAUAACUCCUUUGCAGACUUCUUCCAGGCUCACCUUUGCACGAUGGAUUCGGAGCGCCGUGCCGUCUUCACAGAGAUCACAACGUUCUCCAGACUGCUAACCAGUCAUGACUGUGAACUUUUAGAAUCAGAAGUAAAGGACAGGGCUCUGAAACUCACCAUCCUUUCACUGCAGCAGUUUGACACCGAGUACUCCUUCCUCAGGGAAGUUCGAAACUGCUUAGCUCACAAAGCCAGCUAUAAAAUCCUCAUUAUUCAAACGGAUUUUGAAGACGGAAUUCACAGUGCUCAGCUCAUUGCUUCAGCAAAGUAUUCUGCUAUAAAUGAAAUCAACAAGAUACAAGGAAAUAAGGACUAUGUCUUAGUCUAUUUCAUCACAAAACUGUCCCGGAUGGGAAGUGGAACAUCCUAUGUAGGAUCCCAUGGAGGGAUGUGGCAGUCUGUACACAUCGACGACCUCCGGAGAUCCACAGUCAUGGUUUCGGACGUGACUAAAUUGCAGAAUGUGGCCAUCAGCCAGCUGUUUAAACCAGAAGAUCAGCCUGAGUUGGAGGUGGAACACGGGGCCCAAGACGAUGGUGAGGAGGUGAUGGAAACUGAGGCGGCUACAUCAGGAGAAGUGGCAGAGGUGGAAAUGGAGACAGAAAGUUCUGAGGCAAUGGGCAGCCCGACCUCUGGACCAGGAAGUGAUACACAGAUCCUGGACACCACCAGGCUGCUGAGAAGCUGUAUCCAGGGCGCCGUGGGCAUGCUCAGAGACCAGAACGAGGGUUGUCAGCGCAGCGUGCGGAGGUUGUCCAUUCUCCUCAGCCUCCUAGACGAAGACGGCGAGUACAGAGCCGCUUUCUUACGGGUGGCCAAGAUGCGCCUCUUUGUCCUUUUAAAGAAGCAAGAAGAGAACUACAUCUACAAUGUGAAGGACUGGGUGGUGAGGGAAGCCUCCAAUCAGGACGCUCUGCAGGAAGCCGGCACGUUCAGGCAGACCAUCUGGAAGCGGGUCCAGGGUGCUGUGACGCCCCUCCUGGCGAGCAUGAUAUCUUUCAUGGACAGAGAUGGCAACCUUGAGCUGCUGGCCAACCCACAUUCUCCAUCCUGGGCAAGAGAUCUUUGGAUGUUUAUUUUCAGUGACGUUAAGCUUCUGAACAUUCCUCUUGUGGCAAAUGAUACAAGGUCUAAAGGGGAGAUGUUCUACAUCGUGGUGCAGAACUACAUGAACCUCUCGGAGGACACUUCCAACAGUGUCCCGUUUAGCUGGAGAAUCAAGGACUAUCUGGAGGAGCUGUGGGUCCACACUCAGUACAUCACGGGAGAUGAAGGACUGGCAGAGAAGUUAGUGGAGCUCUUUCAGCAGACCCCACUGGGCAGGUUUCUUGCUCAGCUCACUGUAGACCAGAGACAAGAGCUUCUUCAGUGCUACCUGAAGGACUUCCUUCUCUUGACCAUGAGAGUGUCCACUUGGGAACAGUUAAACGUUCUGCAGAUGGCUCUGGGGUCCUGCAUCAAUCAGCUGAAGGCAGGAAGGCCAACGGAAGAGAUCUCCUUACCGUCCGUGCACCUCGCCUACCAGCAUUUCAGUAGCCGGCUACAGAACUUCUCCAGGAUCUUGACCAUCUACCCCGCAGUUCUACAGAGCCUUACAAAAGGCACCUGGAACCACAGCUGGGCCAAACAUGAGAUGAGUCUGGAUGUGCUCGCAGCAGUGGCCUGUGCUGAAAUGCUGACAGGAAACCUCCUGAAGCCCAGUCCCCAAGCUUGGUUACAGACGGUGAAGAAUCUUUGCAUGCCGCUGGAGCUCCUCUGCUCAGAUGGGUACCUGCAGGGCGGCGGGAUGGUGACCAGAGCCGUCAUCAGGGACGUCAGAACCCACUGGAAUCGCAUUUUCUCCACUGCACUCUUUGUGGAGCAUGUGCUCCUGGGGACCGAGAGCUAUAUUCCUGAGCUGCGCAAGCUGGUGACAGACUAUGUCUUCUUGCUGGACAAGUGCCUGCAAGAGGACUCUGACAUCAAGACUCACAGGCCUUUCGUCGCAGUGAUGACCACUCUUUGUAAAUGUAAGGACCAGGUCAGCAAGAGCCUCACCAGGUUUGGAGUGAAGCCGUGCCCCAUCUGCCUGGGAGAUGCACAGGAUCCUGUCUGCCUGCCCUGUGACCAUGUAUUCUGCCAGCGCUGCGUCAAAGUUCACCUCACCCAAGGGCAGAUGGGAUGCCCCUAUUGUUUAACUGACUUGCCAGACAGCUUCUCUCCUUCUGUUUCCCAGGAGCACCGGGAGGUCAUCGAGAAACAUGCUCGCUUCCGGCAGAUGUGCAAUAGUUUCUUUGUGGACCUAGUUUCCACCAUGUGCUUCAAAGACAAUUCUCCACCUCAGAAGGAUGUGGUCAAUGUUCUGCUGUCUUUACUCUUUGUAGAGAAGGAGCUCUUUCGAGAGGCUUCCCAAAGACGCCGUGAACACACAAAAUCUCUUUCUCCUUUUGAUGACGUUGUGGAUAAGACCCCUGUCAUCCGCUCAGUGGUACUGAAACUGCUUUUGAAGUACAGCUUCCGUGAAGUGAAGGAUUAUAUUCAGGCUUAUUUGUCCCAGUUAGAAAAGAAACCGUUCCUGGCUGAAGAUAAAGCUGAAUUGUAUGUGCUCUUUAGCAACUGCCUGGAGGAUUCAAUACAUGAGAAGAAUAAUACUUUCUUCAUAAAGGAUGAAUUGAAAUACCUAAGAGAGGAAGGCCAGUUCCUUAAGACGUACCGACCAGUGAGAUGCAGCCGAGAGCCCGCUGGUGAGGCCUCGGUGGAGUACCUGCAGGAGAUGGCCCGUAUCCGCCUCUGUCUUGACAAGGCUUCUGAGAUCCUCUCUGAGCUUCAGGACGGCUCAGAGAUGGCGGAGGAGAAGCAUCGCUACCUGCAGCAGGUGGAGCACUUCUGUGCCCGGGUCCAGAAUGACUGGUACCGAGUAUACCUGGUGAGGAAGCUCACUAGCCAGCAGGGGAUGGAGUUUGUGCAGAGCCUCUCCAGACAGGGCCAUCCGGCCCACUGGGUGUUUCCCAGGGGAGUCAUUGCACAGCAGAAGGAUCAUACAGGCCAGAUGGAUCAGUAUCUGGUGCAUGGGGACAACUACAAGGCUCUCCGCGAUGCAGUGGGCAAAGCCAUUCUGGAGUGCAAGCCCCUGGCCAUUGAGACUGCUCUGGAGGCCUGCAGGAGCUCCACAACUCAGCAGGCCGCCCACCUAAUGUUAGCACUUUUUAGAGAGGUCGCGACUUUGUACAGAUCCCACAGUGCAAACCUCCAUCCUAAGCCACAGCAAUGUGAGGCUAUGGAGAAAUUCAUUGAGGAAAGAAAGACCUUGUCUCCUGAUAUCAGACGUUUUGCAAUAUCCCUUGUGAACAAUGAACUACCCCUGCUGAGGACGGGUCCUGGGGACAACAGCCUUGAAGGGACAGUAAUAGAAAUGGCUAUUCAUGUUGCAACCAUCCUUCUCUGUGGACAAAGCAAAGUCUUGGAACCCCUGAAGAAUUUGGCCUUCUCCCCAGACCUCAUGGCGAAUGCCUUUCUUCCAACGAUGCCUGAAGACUUGCUUGCUCAAGCUAGGAAGUGGAUGAGUCUGGAAGGAGUCCACUGGUACACAUGUCCCAAUGGUCACGCGUGCUCUGUAGGCGAGUGUGGCUUGCCGAUGGAACAGAGCUUUUGUAUUGACUGUGGUGUUCCAAUUGGAGGGAUUAAUCACAAACCAAAGGAUGGAUUUCAUGUUAUCGAAAACAAGAUGGACAGAACUCAGACUGGCCACGUGCUGGGAAACCCACCACCAAGAGGCGAGCCCAUGGUAUCUGACCGAGAGCUGUCCCCAGUGGUCUUUCUUCUCAUCCGGCUACUCACUCAUUUGGCUAUGCUUUGGGGAGCCGCCCACAGUCCCCAGGCUUUGAUGAACAUCAUUAAGCCUCCGGUGAGUGAUCCAAAAGGGUUUCUGCUGCAGCAUAUCCAGAGAGACCUGGAGCAGUUAAUGAAGAUGCUGGGGAGGAGCGCAGAUGAGACCGCCAGCGUGGUGCAUCUUGUCCUCAGCCACCUCCUCAGAGAGCAGGGCCACAGGUCUGUAAAUUUUGACGCAGAAUUGUCAACCAGAGAAGAGAGGAACAGCUGGGAAAAGCUUGUUGAGACUAUUCUUCUGCCUGAACUAAAGCAUCUAGAUAAAACCCUCCUGGCGGUGAACACUCGGAUCAGCCAAGAUGAGCGCAUCAGCUCCAACCCUGUGGCCAGAAUCGUGUACGGUGAUCCGGUGGCCUUCCUGCCCCACCUGCCCCAGAAUAGCGUGGUUCACUGCUCUAAGAUGUGGAGCUGCAGGAAAAGGAUCACCACUGAGUACCUCCAGCACAUUGUGGAGCAGCAGAAUGGCAAAGAAACAGUGCCCGUCCUUUGGAAGUUCCUACAGAAGGAAGCAGAACUGAGACUGGUGAAAUUCUUGCCCGAGAUUCUGGCCCUGCAAAGGAAUCUAGUGAAACGAUUCCAGAAUGUUUCAGAAGUUGAAUACAGAACCAUCAGAAGUUUCAUUGGCAGUCACAAUUCAGAUGGGCUGAAGCAGUUAUCCUACAACAGAAUCAUUAUCUUUCUGUCAACGUGGAACAAGCUGAGGCGAUCGCUGGAAACCAAUGGUGAGAUCAAGCUGCCUAAAGACUACUGCAGCUGCAACCUUGACCUGGACACUGACUUUGAAGUCAUCCUGCCGCGCCGCCAGGGCCUGGGCCUCUGCUCCACCGCCUUAGUCAGCUACUUGAUUAACUUGCACAACGAAAUUGUCUACGCAGUAGACAAGUUCUCCAAGGAAGACAACAGCUACUCCGUCGAUGCCUCCGAGGUCGCCGACCUGCACGUCAUCAGCUAUGAAGUGGAGCGGGACUUGAUUCCACUAAUUCUCUCCAACUGCCAGUACCACGUGGAGCAGGGCGGGGAGACCUUGCAGGAGUUGGACCUGGAGAAGAUCCAGCGCCAGAUCAUCAGCCGCUUCCUGCAGGGCAAGCCCAGGCUAACCCUUAAGGGAAUACCCACUCUGGUGUACAGACGUGACUGGAACUAUGAACAUCUCUUCAUGGACAUCAAGAACAAAAUGCCACAGAGCCCCCUCCCCAACGUGGCCAUCAGUGCCAUCAGAGGACAACUGCAGUCCUACAGCGAUGCCUGUGAAGCUCUGUCUGCCAUAGAAGUCACGUUGGGGUUUCUGAGCACAGCUGGGGGGGAUCCAAACAUGCACUUAAAUGUGUAUAUCCAAGACAUGCUGCGGAUGGGUGAUCAGGCCUCACAGGUUUCAAAGGCCUUAAACAGAUGCCAGUUAAAACACACCAUCUCCCUCUGGCAGUUCCUCUCUGCCCACAAGUCUGAACAUCUGCUUCGACUGAGAAAAGAGCCAUUUGGGGACAUCAAUCCAAGGUACAAAGUUGAUCUCAGCCCUGAAAAUGCUAAGCUGCUCAACACCUUCCUGAAUCAGAUUGGCCUGGAUGCCUUCCUCCUGGAACUUCACGAAAUGAUGGUCUUGAAGCUAAAGAACCCCAAGACCGCAGAGAAUUUCAACCCUGAGUGGAGCCUGAGAGACACGCUGGUGAGUUACAUGGAGACUAAAGAGAGUGAAAUUCUUCCCGAAAUGGAAUCUCAGUUCCCAGAAGAGAUACUGCUUUCCAGUUGUGUCUCUGUGUGGAAAAUGGCUGCUGAACUGAAAUGGAAUCGACAAACGAGAUAG